GAACCCGGAAGCGGCGGUGGGCUCGCCGGUUACGUCACAUCCGGUCUCCAAAGGCGCUGACAGCUAGCAUACAAGCACGGCUGAUUAUUGAUUUUUUAAAGGAAAUGCCUGUCUGAUUUUUUGUUAAUCUUUAAUCGAACCAACAGUUGUAAAGUUUUUGAUAGAUAUAACACAUUUUUGGACGUCAGGGGGAGAAUAUUUGUGCAUAAAUCGAAGCUAAAGGAGGAGCACGUUGCCUGACAGGCUCCUGCUGCUGCUGCUUUUUGUUGGAGUUUAGCCUCAGUGCGCGCGUCUCUCUCUCUCUGUCCAGUUCCUCAGGAUGCCAUGUCAUAACCAGCAAGUGAAUAAUGUCAGCAGUGGGCCAGAGCUCCCAAUGAAGCAAGUACGAUUCGCAAAUAGCACCAACAAUGUGCCCGGGAUCCUGCCUGAGAAUGACUCGAGUAAUGUCACUUUACAACCCGUUAAUAAUCAAGACAACCUCGGACCUCAACUAAAGCUGCUGCCUCUGAACGACCAGAUCCGAGAGUUACAGACGAUCAUCAGAGACAAGACCACCAGCAGAGGAGAUUUUGUGUUUAGUGCGGACAGAUUGAUUAGACUUGUUGUUGAAGAGGGUCUAAACCAGCUGCCCUAUUCGGAGUGCACGGUUACAACACCAACAGGGUAUAAGUAUGAAGGUGUGAAGUUCGAGAGGGGAAACUGCGGCGUCAGCAUCAUGAGGAGCGGUGAGGCUAUGGAGCAGGGUCUCAGGGACUGUUGUCGUUCGAUACGAAUUGGCAAAAUCCUUAUCCAAAGUGACGAGGAAACGCAGAAGGCCAAGGUCUAUUAUGCCAAGUUCCCCCCUGAUGUUUACAGGAGGAAAGUGCUGCUCAUGUAUCCCAUCCUUAGUACUGGAAACACUGUGAUUGAAGCGGUGAGAGUUUUGCUUGAACACGGCGUCCAGCCUCGACAUAUCAUCCUCCUCAGUCUCUUCUCUACACCUCAUGGAGCCAAAUCGAUCAUUCAGGAGUUCCCCGACAUCACCAUCCUCACCACGGAGGUCCACCCGGUGGCGCCGACACACUUCGGCCAGAGGUAUUUCGGAACAGAUUAAAGACGUCUGGGUCCAUCACAAACAUAAGGGACAUGAUCUUGUUUUAUUUUAUUUUUUUUGUCUUGUUUAUUUAAAUAUUCUAGAAGUGUUUCCUCUUGCUGUUUUGUCAAAUACGACUCUCUCCAAAGUAUGCAACGUCAGGCAGAAUCCAGCUGUAUUUUCAGUGUAAUCUGUGUUUAUAUAUUGUUCAGUUUAUUGACAAUGGAUCAUAUUAUUUUGCAUGUUACAACACAGAUGACUUGAUAAAGGCUUUAUAUUUGUCAGAUGACGC